AUGAAGAAGAAUGUAGCGGGUUCUCCAUUAUGGCUGCAAACUAUGAAGAAUCUGUCUUCGGAAAAAGCAUUCAAAGAAAAUAAUUUAGUAUAUUCUCCAUUAUCAAUCUAUACCGCUUUAGGGUUAUUAACUUCUGGAUCAAAAGGUGAAACAUGUAAUCAAUUAUUAGGAUUUCUAAAAUCUCAAGAUCUUGAUUCUCUUAAUAAGUUUUGUUCUCAACUUAUGAGUUCAUUGAAUGAAACCCAAACUCAAAGACAACUCUCCCCAUUGUCAAUCGCCAAUAGUGUUUGGGUCAAUGAAUCUUGCGCCUUGAAACCAAAAUUUCAAGAGGUUGCCGAUUCAGUCUUUAGUGCACAUGUUCAAGCUGUAGAUUUUGAGCACAAGGCUGAUGAGGUUACUGAGAUGGUUAACCAAUGGGUCGAGACGAAAACUAAUGGUAUAAUCAAGAAUCUAGUUCAGAAAGGCUCAUUCAGCGAAUUCACAAUGGUUGUGCUGGUGAAUGCACUCUAUUUCAAAGGAGUAUGGCAUCAAGGUCAGUUCGAUAAAACGUUAACAAAGAACUCGGAAUUCUAUCUACCUGAUGGACAAUCUUCUGUUCAAGUCCCAUUUAUGACUAGUACAGAGGAAUACCAAUAUAUAUCGCGUCAAAACGGCUUCAAAGUACUUCAACUCCCAUACAAAUUACAAAGACAAACAGGGAGUCGUAGUUGUCAUCAAUACGAUGAUGAAUAUGAUCCAAGUACUCGGCGUUUUUCUAUGUAUAUAAUAUUACCUGAUAGACGGGAUGGACUUGGAGAGUUGAUAGACUUUUCGAGUACUGAUUCAGCCAGUUUUAUGAAUCAAUAUAUUCCAGAAUACAUGCCACUGAAACAAACAGGAGAGUUCAAGGUACCAAAGUUUAAGAUAACAUUUAAAUUUGACGCGAUUAAAGUUCUGAAUGAUAUGGGAUUAGUAUUGCCUUUUAGUUCCGAAGCAGAAUUGACUGAGAUGGUGGGUACUAGUGGUUCAAUCAGUAAAGUUAUUCAUAAGUGUUUUGUUGAAGUUGACGAGGAAGGAACUGAAGGUGCUUCCGCUACUCUAAUAGAGUUUGAAGAAUGCAGUAUGGGUGGUGAUCCUCCUUCACCACCACCGGUUGAAGACUUUGUUGCAGAUCAUCCUUUCAUGUUUAUCAUCAAAGACGAUUUUACUGGGGUUUUACUGUUCACCGGAUAUGUUCUUAAUCCUUUGCUAUAA